GGCAAGCUGUGUUUUGGGUGAGCGUCGAAGCGCGUUUGCAUGCACGUAUGAUGACAGGAUGUAGCGGUUGAAAUAGUGGAAAAGAAAACCGUAUUGUCUAAGAUAUUGCGAUGUGACAAACGGCUACCAUAGAAAUGACUCUGACAAUCGCGAGGGCCGGAGCGGAGCGUACGGACGGCAGGUCAUGACGGCAGACCGGAUCAACCCGACUGCUCGCUGCAGUUGCGCUUUUGUUUAAUGCAACAGUGGAUUUUCACGAUUUUACCAAACUCCCAGAAAUAGUUGCAAUACUUUACAACUAACCUGCAAGCCUUUGAAAGCAGCGGCAUGGCGAGCCAAAACGAUUGCUCUGUGAAGGUUUCUUUAAGGAUUCGUCCCCAGAUGGCGAAGGAACAGAUGGAGGGCUGCCAGGUGUGCACGCUGGUGACCCCAGGAGAGCCCCAGGUGCUGCUGGGGAAGGACAAGGCCUUCACCUAUGACUACGUGUUUGACAGGGAGUCGUCGCAAGACUCCGUCUACCAGGCCUGCGUCCACAAGCUAAUAGAGGGAUGCUUCCAGGGGUACAACGCAACCGUCCUUGCCUACGGACAGACGGGCUCAGGAAAGACCUACACCAUGGGGACGGGCUUCGAGGUCGGUGUGUGUGAGGAGGAGCAGGGUAUCAUCUCACGGGCAGUAAAGCAGCUGUUCCAGGGCAUCGAGCAGCGCUGUGCCCACGCCCACGAGACUCACACUCCCCCGCCACAGUUUAAAGUCAGUGCCCAGUUCCUAGAGCUGUACAAUGAGGAGAUCCUGGACCUGUUUGAUGGAGCUCGGGAGCCUGACUGUCGCAGCAGGAAGUCCAGCAUCAAGAUCCACGAGGACGCCAGUGGCAGCAUCUACACCACCGGAGUCACCUCCAGACUCGUCUGCUCCGAGGACGAGAUGCUGCAGUGUCUGAAGCUCGGUGCUCUGUCCAGGACCACGGCCAGCACCCAAAUGAACGCCCAGAGCUCGCGCUCCCAUGCCAUCUUCACCAUCCACCUCUGUCAGAUGAGGGUCUGCCAGACAGCACUGGAGGGUGGUGGAGAGAGCAGGGAGGUGAGCACUGGAGAUUCCUCCUCCCUGGCCCAGCCUGAGUAUGAGACACUGAUGGCGAAGUUCCACUUUGUGGACCUGGCAGGUUCUGAGAGGCUGAAGAGGACCGGGGCCACUGGGGAGAGAGCCAGGGAGGGCAUCUCCAUCAACUGUGGUCUGCUGGCUCUGGGGAAUGUGAUCAGUGCUCUUGGAGACCAGACCAAGAGAGGGGGACAUGUUCCCUACAGAGACUCCAAACUCACACGACUGCUGCAGGACUCUCUAGGAGGCAACAGCCAGACGCUGAUGAUAGCUUGUGUGAGCCCGUCAGACCGGGACUUCAUGGAGACCCUGAACACACUGAAGUACGCAAACCGGGCCAGGAACAUCAAGAACCGGGUGGUGGUGAACCAGGACAAGACCAGCCAGCAGAUAAGCUCCCUGCGGGCGGAGAUAGCAUGCCUGCAGAUGGAGCUGAUGGAGUACAAGGCGGGGAAGCGCACGGCGGGCGAUGAUGGUGAGGACGGUCUGAGCGACCUGUUCCAGGAGAACACCUUGCUGCAGCGCGACUGCAACACACUGCGCAUGCGCGUCAAGGCCAUGCAGGAAACCAUCGACCACCUCAACACACGCGUCACACAGCUCCUGACUAACGAAGUGGGAGCCCUGCUCACCAAGUCAGGUGAGGGUAACGAGGAGAUUGGGGCGCUAGUUCAAAACUACAUCCGAGAGAUCGAGGAGCUUCGGUCCAAGCUCCUGGAGAGCGAGGCCAUGAACGAGUCACUCCGUCGCAGCGUAUCUCGUCUCUCCUCCCGCUCACCCUUCCCCCCCUCCCACGGCCCCUCCCCCGGCCACCCGCCUGGCCCCUCCCCCUGCAGGUCCAUGGAGGCAGAGAUGACGGACGUGAUUCGCCGAGCCAAGCUGGACAUCGAGAGACUGAAGAAGAAGGAGAGGAGGCAGAGGAGGAUGAGCCCUGAGCUGGAGAAAGGACUGAAGAAACGAGUGAAGCUGCACUCUACCGAGAACGGGGAGGAUGCACAGAACGGGGAGGUUGAUUCAGACGACUACGUAGAGGAUGUGAUGUCUCCCCUCCAGGAGGAAAGUGGCUGUGAGGAGGACGAGGAGGACGAGGAGGAGGGGAGGGACGAGGAGGAGUUUGACAGCGACGAGAGCCUAGUUGACUCCGACUCCGACACGGACGACAAAGCCAAUUUCCAGGUGGACCUGGCUGACCUGACGUGUGAGAUUGAGAUCAAGCAGAAGCUGAUAGACGAGCUGGAGAACAGCCAGCGCCGGCUGCUGCAGCUGAAGCUGCAGUACGAGGAGAAGCUGGUCUUGCUGCAGAACAAGAUCAGAGACACGCAGCUAGAGAGAGACCGUGUGCUGCAAAACCUCAUGUCCAUGGAGAACUACACGGAGGAGAAGGCCAGCCGGAUCAAGUGUGAGUACGAGAAGCGUCUGAAGGAGAUGAACCGGGACCUGCUGAAGCUGCAGGCCGCGCAGAAGGAGCAUGCACGCCUGCUGAAGAACCAGGAGCGCUACGAAAGGGAGCUGAAGAAGCUGCAGAAUGAGGUCAACGACAUGAAAAAGGCCAAGGUGACGCUGAUGAAGCAGAUGAAGGAGGAGCAGCAGAGGAGGAGGAUGGUGGAGGCCAAGAGGAACAGGGAGAUUGCCCAGCUCAAGAAGGAACAACGGCGACAAGAGUACCAGAUCCGUUCUCUGGAGUCCCAGAAGCGUCAGCAGGAGCUGGUCCUGCGCAGGAAGACCCAGGAAGUGACGGCCCUGCGCCGGCUGGCCAAGCCCAUGUCGGAGCGUGCGGCGGGCCGGGUGGCGGGAAGGGUGGGGCGCCGUCCACAGCAGCUGGACUCCGGCACCGAGCUCUCGGCCAGCACCACCUCGUCGGAGACGGACACCAACAGGGGUGUUGGGGGCAGCAGCGUGUCCAGCAUUGUGAGACAGUGGAACACCAAGUACAAUGGGUUCGGCUACCAUGAUGACAAUGAGGGGACCACCAAUGGGACACGCGCAGUCAGCAGGAAGAAGGCCCCUCAGAGGAAGGCAGUGCUCCCUGCUGGCAGCAGCUUCUCCAAGGCGGCUCGUCUAAAGUGGCAGAAGCUGGAGCGCCGGGUUCUGGACAUUGUGAUGCAGCGCAUGACUGUCGCAAACGUGGCGGCCGAUAUGGACCGUCUCAUUAAGAAGCGAGAGGAGCUGUCUCUGCAGCAGGACUCCCUGCUCUGCCGGCGGGAGGUCCUCAUGGCCGAGGGGGAGGAGCGCCUCCUCCAGGAAGCGAACGAAGAGAUUGAGGUCCUCAACGCCAACGUGGACUACAUCAACGACAGUCUGUCAGACUGCCAGGCCACCAUCGUCCAGAUAGAGGAGUCCAAGGAUGAGCUGGACUCGGUGGACACGUCUGUGGUCAUUAGCUCCUGUUCCCUGGCCGAGGCACGCCACCUUCUGGAGCACUUCCUCAAGGCUUCCAUAGACAGGGGACUGCAGGUGGCCCAGAAGGAGGCUCAGAUCCGCCUGCUGGAGGGCCAGCUCAAACAGACGGACGUGAUUGGUUCAGCCCACAACCACAUGAUCCUGGAUGCGCUGCGGGAGAAAGCUGAGUGUAUCCCAGAGCUGCACGCGCUCAUACACAAUGUACAGCAGGAGAACGGGUACACCAGCACAGACGAGGAGCCAUCAGAGUUCAGCCAGGCCUCGGAGGGCAGUGUCUCCUACAUGAAGGAGUCUACCAGUCAUGAUGACUUCAAGCUGAAGAUGGAGCCCUGUCUCUCGGCCCAAAUGAAGGCCGUAUCGGCAGAGUACCUGUGCCCCGUGAUGGACCCCUCCACCAAGGCCAUCACCAAGUCGCUGGCCUCCCUCACCGACAUCCAGGAGGGGAGCCUGGGGGGGCUGAGCCUCUCUGUGCUGGACCCCCUCUACAGGGACAGGGUGUCCCGCACAGUCAGCCUGCCGGUCAGGGGGCACACCUUUCCCAGGCAGUCCCGGGGGUCUGACACCUCCCCUGUGACCAGGAGGAAAUCAUAUGACCGUGGCCAGUCAUACAGGCCUCCUGACGGGGGCUGCACCCCCCCCUCCUCCCCCCCCCUCAGGCUACGCAACGACCGCAACGUCUUCUCCAGGCUCACCAGCAACCAGAACCAGGGCUCCGCGCUGGACAAGUCGGAUGACAGCGACUCCUCUCUCUCGGAGGUGCUCAGGGGGGUGAUCAGUCCCUUGGGGGGGCUGAAGGGGGGGCGGACGACGCCCCUGCAAUGUGUAGCCGCAGCUGAAGGACACUCCAAACCCGUCCUCUGUGUGGAUGCCACCGAUGAGCUGCUCUUCACAGGCUCUAAAGACCGUACCUGUAAGAUGUGGAACCUGGUGACAGGUCAGGAAAUCGUCACACUGAAGGGCCACCCCAACAAUGUGGUGUCUGUGAAGUACUGCUCCUCCUCCUGCCUGUUGUUCUCUGUCUCCACCUCCUACAUCAAGGUGUGGGACAUCCGCGAUUCCGCCAAGUGUGUCCGCACCCUCACCUCGUCAGGUCAGGUGGUGUCGGGGGAUGCGUGUGCUGGCUCCACCACACGCACCAUCACCUUUUCCCAGGGAGAGUACCAGAUCAACCAGAUCGCCCUCAACCCUUCUGGCUCGGUGCUGUACGCUGCCGCCGGAAACUCUGUACGCUCCUGGGACCUCAGCAGGAUGCAGCCAGCAGGGAAGCUGACAGGCCACACAGGCUCGGUCAUGUGUCUGACGGUUGGUCAGUCUAUCCUGGGGAAGGACCAGGUCAUCACCGGCUCCAAGGACCACUAUGUCAAGGUGUUUGAUGUGGCGGAGGGAAUGCUGGGAAACGUAGGCCCGGCUCACAACUUUGAGCCCCCGCACUACGACGGCAUCGAGUGUCUGACUGUGCAUGGAGACGUGCUCUUCAGUGGUUCCCGUGACAACGGCAUCAAAAAGUGGGAUCUGGAUCAGCAGGAGCUCUCACAGCAAAUCCCCAAUGCCCACAAGGACUGGGUGUGUGCGCUGGCCUUUGUGCCCAGCCGGCCCCUGCUGCUAAGUGCGUGCCGGGGGGGCAUGAUGAAGGUGUGGCACGUGGACAACUUCACGCCCAUAGGGGAGCUCCGGGGUCACGACAGCCCCAUCAACGCCAUCUGCACAAACUCCAGACAAAUCUUCACAGCUUCGAGUGAUGGCAGGGUGAAGUUGUGGAGCUAUGUCCCAGGUCUGACUCCCUGUCUCCCUCGGAGGGUCCUGGCCAUCAAAGGCCGCGCCACCAGCCUCCCAUGAGCCUCUGCUCCGCUCGCCGCCUCCCCCGCUCUCCUCUGUGACAUGACAGUGAAGAUCUGGACAGUGAAGAUGGAUAAGGCGACGGUCAACAGCGGCCAUCGUGUAGAUGUCAUCCGCAUGUGACCAGCGGCCAUCGUGUAGAUGUCAUCCGCAUGUGACCUCAUCUCGUGACCUCAGGCGUUCACACAUCAAGGCGAUGCAAAGUGUCAUUUUUUUAUUUUGUGCUUUUUCUACUGCCAUUUCUACUUACAAAGUGCCAACUGAUUUGAAUGAGAUGAAACCCCAUACAUUGUUGCUCUCGAAACUGGCAUUUAAAGGAAAGCAUCAUUUUUACUGAGUAAAACAAAAUGUCCUUGAUCGACAUUCAUAGAUACAGCUGCUGACAGACUGGAGUAUUUGUGUAUUUGUGUUCCGUCAAGGAUAACACGGCAUCCAUAUCCUCAUCCUCAGGGAACGCCAUAUAUGAGCCAAUAGAAUGAGGAGGAGGAUUUCUGCAGGAUUGUUAGUGUUUUGAUCUCCCAUAGGUUGAUGACUGAGUCACACAGGCUGAAGCCUGUGCUGGAAGCUCAGGGGAUGGUGGGGUGCUUUAGGUUGGUGGCAGAAAUCACAAGGAUAUUAUAUAACACACUUAUAGAAACAUGUGACACUGUUCUGAUGUGUUUCUUCUGACCUCCUGUUCAACACUAACCCCUCCCAGCUCCCCAACACUAACCCUGUGGGCCUCAUGUACGUACAUUUGCAAACGUAGCGUUAUUAGCGCCAUGGCCAACCCGCAGAUUGCGCACGCUGUGAUAGUUCAGUUUAUGUCGUAUUUACGAAACCUGCAGUUCAUCGGGUAAUCAGCGCCUUUCACCGCCCACUAUACCGUAAAUUGUGAGCAUUUAAACGCGCAAUUGAAUGGGCCUCUUUCUAUCAAGGAUCAGCCAUCAAAGUCAAAACAGCGAAAACAAAGAUUUAGUGAUAACGAAAUUGAUGUGCUUGUUCAUGAGGUAACAGCGAAUUUAAAUAUUACACAAGGCCGGAAUUCCACACCGACACAAAAAAAUGCAAUCUGGACCGAAAUUACAAAUUCCAGUAUCUGUAAUAUUGCAUGGCUGCUUAAUCUGUAACGUGUAAUGAUUUUGUGUUCACUCUACUGAGAAAGUGUGAUCCUUGUGGCAAAUAUCCUUUCAGAUCGCCUCCUCGAAUGUGUCUUCGUCUUGCUCGGAUUACUGCUGUCAUUUCACCAGGAGGCAUAUGUGAGGGAACCCGCGUGCCUCCAGGUUUACACCUGCUUUUAAGAGGCGCAGAAUUUUCACCGCAAAAUAGAAGCGCACUUUCACAGGCAGUUUUUGUACAUACCGCGGAAUACAUAAUCAGGCGCACUUUACGCAUCCCCUCCCAUCUCUUUAUGGGAAACUCCCACUUUCCCCUUGACCCUCCCGUGAAUGCAUAUGCAUGAAACGGAAAAGCGCAAUUUGCCAUUUUCAGUUCCCGUGACAAGCAGUCUGCGCUUUUACCUCAGUGCGGCAUGUUUGUACAUACCUCGCCAUACUUUUAUGCGCAAAUUGCGAAACAAAUACGCCUGAAGUGGGCGCAAAAGCGUUAGUACAUGAGUCCCUGUGUGUCUAUGUUUCACUCUAAAGGUCCCUCUUCCCCCAGGAGAACUCUUCUUUACCUCAGUGAAACUGGUUCAGGUGUGCUUGUCCAGCUCAGUGUUUGUGUACUUAGGACAUGUGUAGCGUUCUGAUUCCUCAUCUCCUGAAGUGGUGUGAGGUAGCCUGUGAGCUUGCAUGUCUUUGGUCAGAGCUGGCUCCCUGGGAAGCCCAGAUCCAAUAACACCACUAACACCGGCAGUCCCAGAGGAACUAACAAGCCAUCCUCUUAUCGCAGCGAGAAAUGCUCACGCUUGCAGAAAUGGGCUACCCACACACACACCCCUACCCAGAUUACUGUGCACACACACCUCUCCAGUUCACUGCACAUACACACAUAACCACCAACCCAAGAGCUCCACAGGGGUUAAAGUACCAGAUCGUUAUCUCUCUGUCUUCCACACAAAGCCUGAGACUUUCAUGCAGAUCACCCUGAGAGCUCUCUGCUCUCUGGCCCUGUGUGCUGGCCUCUCAGUAGCGCUCCUGUCUGAAGGUUAGCCACGCUGGUGGACAGCCCAGCGCUCCCAGGCUCACUGUGCUGCACUGCUCUGGAGGCUCCAGGCUGGAUUUGUCUAAUUGGAGCUCUCAGCUCGGCAGGCAGCUUAUUUAGGCUGGUGUUGGGGAACUGGGUCAGAGAGAAGAGAGAGAAGAAAAUCUUUCUUUCUGUAUUGAGAUCCUUUCUUCUUUUGUUGAGUCGAAACUACUGCAACUAUCUUGCUACUUUGUGUGUGUGUGUAUGUGUGUGCACGUGCUUUCCUCAUGCCUGUCAGGCUUUGGCACGCCUUUGCAUCCUAGAUUUACCAUCUGCUUAAUGGAACAUUUUUAUCACCCUCAAUCAGAGCCUCCUCAGGCAAACACACACAGAUAGCAAACAUUUUAUUUAAACUUGUAACUCGUAACCAGUAAUGAUAAGAACAUUACUAAGCUUAUCACCCUGCUCCUGUUUUACCGCCUGAUGCAGAUGUACAACAAGAAAAGCAAUGCCAUCUUGAUGCGUAUGUAUCUAUGAACAGUAUAAAUCCAAACAUGCCUCCUGCCACCACACACCCUCCCCCCUUUACAGUUAUUCCUUUGUAAAUUGAGUGUGCUUUACCCUGCUUAAGAUGAGAAAUAAUCGUGUACUGUGCAAUAGAACCUUGGAUCAGAGCAAGAUAUCAGUGGCUUGAAAAACACAGAACAGAGAUUCCUGAUUGUUCUGAUCCCACAUCAAAUCCCAUCCCAUUUUCUAGUAUUUUUCUUAUAUUUGUUAAGAUGUGAGAACAUUGAUUUUAUGAUCUGGUUUCUCACAAGACGCCGAUGCUGCUAGCUGAUAUCAAAACCUACUGGAGGGUUUUUGUUCCUUUAUUGAAGGAUAUGGGAAAUACGAUAAAUCAAUCCUGGUAUUUUUUUGUCUAUAAAUCUAGAAGCGGGAUCGUGAUAGAAUAAUAAAAUGGCAACCCAGUAUAGAUCCCUUCAUGUACCAAAUGCCUUGACUUUUCAAAAGCCAUUUUUAAAGAGACCGUAGUCUCAGACUCUGGUCAAAGAUGGAGGAUUUUUGGGCCUUUCUUCUGUCUCCUGCUAUUAGCCUUAUUCUGUCCGAGUUCCUUUCAUAACAUUCCUCUUCAUAAUGGUCAUCUCAACCUGCAGAGAUAUUUGGUGUGGUGCCCAUGUUGGCCGCUAGAAGGAUAUCCUGGCAUAGCUGAUGAUAAGCGUACAAAGCUAAAGUCUCUGGUGCUAAACCUGGUAACCUACAUGAACACCUCGUUUGACCUCCUGUCCUGGUCAACUGAAACACUGUGUUUCCCACGCACCUGUGUCAUGGCUGCGGACUACUCCAGUCCUGGGAGACUAAAUACCUUUAGUGAUGUGAUUUCAUCGGUCAGUGAAAUUGAUUAUUUAUACUGCUUGAAAAAGAGCCUUCACUAAUGUGUAGUUCUGAAGCCUAAUAUCAGGCAUUGAUGAUCCAAAAACUACAGUUCAAUUCACCGUCAGGCCACGCACCUCUGUAACGAGUCACGAGGUGCACUUCUACUGAGACUUGAACAUUUUGGAAGAGAAACUCCUCAGAUUCUCAGAAACGUCCUUCUCUGGUCUAGUGGGUUGUUCUCCUGUUUCCCACCCACAGCUGUGCCAAUUAAAAACCUUAGCUAGUUUGCUAAGAGCUAGUUUGCUAAGAGCUAGUUUGCUAAGAGCUAGUUUGCUAGGAGCUAGUUUGCUAGGAGCUAGUUUGCUAAGUCGCUAGCUCAGCUUCUUGUCUUGUGUUGCGUUCACUGUGUUCUGCUCUCAAGGCUAAACCUGUCUCUUCUAGCUGCUUUCACUGUUUCUAUCUCUCCUCUCUUUAUGUAGUUGCUAGAGAACACUUGGUAGUGCUGUAGCUUUAAGGUGCCUUGCAUGCAUGUACAUAGGCUGUGGGACUGCAUGAUGAGGACUGGGCCAAAACUGUCAAUCAUUAAGUUUGAAGUUGAACCUUUUGAAAGCUAAGGAUGGUCUACUUAUUAUCAAUGUUAUAAUUUAGUUGUAAAUGUUGAAGAUUCAGUGAUUACUGAUUCAGUGAUUCAUGAAAAAAAGAGAGAUCAGAAUGUCUCAAGAAGCCAAGUGGAGUUCCGCUCAUGUUUGACAGUCUGGCUGGCGUGCCCAUUGUUUAGGAGGUCUAAUCACCUGGCUGGCGUGCCCAUCGUUUAGGAGGUCUAAUCACCUGGCUGGCGUGCCCAUCGUUUAGGAGGUCUAAUCGUUAAACCUUGUCCCUCGAUUUCUGUGACUUGAUAAUUUGUAUAUAUGUGUAGGACUGUAUAUGCUGUUUUUAUUUAAUUAAUUUUUUUAUGUUUGAAUGCUUGGUUAUCUUUUGCCCCAUAACUCCCUGGAGACCCUGAGCAGUUCCUGUACCUGUGAGGGAGCCGGUCAUGCACACAUACUGGUCUGUGUGUGCUUACCUCUGAAACAGGGACUUGGGUCUAAUGUGAUGGUGCUAGUGAGUGAUAUGUCCUCGCUCUCGUCUUGUUGUUUAUCAGUCCCUUUACCCACCUACAAGAGGCAGUAUCCGGUCACUGCACUAUGCCUAAUAAGCACAUUAAGCCUACCGUUACAGCAAAGCUAACAGGCUAACUUCAGCACCUGUAAGUGCAUGAUACUUAAUACCAGUUCAAGCAUGUUCCUCUCCUUCAGGCUAACCGCCUGGAGAGGGAUGAGUUCUCCGCCUUCAGCCCCAACUGCCUCCACACACAAGCAGACAGGAUGGUGGAUGUUAAUUACUGUUUGUCUAUGCUUCCGUUGUUAUUCAGUAAUCAGACUGUAGCGCCUUAGUUGGUAGAUGCUUGUCAUGUUUUCUCUAUUUACACAUUUUCUCGACUGGUUCUAAUUCUAUGGCUGAAAAAACAUUCUGAGCUUACCUCUCAGCUGCUGUGGAAUGCGAGCUUCUGGAGGGUACAUCCUCUCUAUCAGAGAGAACAGGCCUGCCCAGAGGGCACAGUCACCAGGGAGGCUUUAUAUGAGGCAUUGUGAGGUCAUGUGUGGUGGAGAAUCUGAACUUUGACCCUCCCGCAAGAGGGAAGGUAAUUACAGGAUUCAAAGGUCAAACAUGGCUUUUAUUGCACAUGCUCCUCCCUCUGAUCACUGUAAAUAUGUAGAAUUUAUUUUCUUUUUCUUACAAUAUGCAUGUGACCAAACCAUGUAAAAUACCAUGACUGUAAAUACUGUAAGUACAAUUGUAUUUAAUGAAGCAUCAACGUUCUUUCAUGCAAAUAAAAACAAGUCAAAGUCAAAACAUGACAAAAGUAA